CGCCGCCGCCGCCGGGCGGAGGCACCGCCAGGCCCGGCCCGGCCGCUCCGUCCGCUCGGCACGGCCCCGCACCGGCCCCGCACCGGCCCCGCACCGGCCCCGACCAUGGCGAGUCGCCACCGGGCCCCGCGCCUGAGCGGCGGGGGGCGCUGACCCGGCCCCGCCCCGCCCCGGCGGACCCUCCGCUCCGCCCCCUGUGUCCCGUGCUAUGAGCGUUCAGCGUGACUUCUCUGCAAGCAGCUGCAAAUGAAAAUGGAGGAUAUGUCUUUGUCUGGCCUGGAUAACAGCAAACUGGAGGCCAUCGCACACGAGAUCUACACGGAGCUGGUGGAGGAUGCCUGCCUGGGGCUCUGCUUCGAGGUGCACCGGGCUGUCAAGUGUGGAUACUUCUUCCUGGAUGACACAGACCCCGACAGUAUGAAGGACUUUGAAAUCGUGGACCAGCCGGGCGUGGACAUCUUUGGGCAGGUGUACAACCAGUGGAAGAACAAGGAAUGCGUGUGCCCCAACUGCAGCCGCAGCAUCGCGGCCUCGCGCUUCGCCCCUCACCUGGAGAAGUGCCUGGGCAUGGGCCGCAACAGCAGCCGCAUCGCCAACCGCAGGAUCGCGAGCAGCAACAACCUGAACAAGUCGGAGAGUGACCAGGAGGACAACGAUGACAUCAAUGACAACGACUGGUCCUAUGGCUCUGAGAAGAAAGCAAAGAAGAGGAAAUCGGAUAAGAACCCCAACUCGCCCCGCAGGUCCAAGUCCCUGAAACACAAAAAUGGUGAGAUCGGUGGGAACCCUGAUCCCUUCAAGUACAGCAACUCGGCUGGUAUCAACUAUGAGACGCUGGGCCCCGAGGAGCUGCGGACACUGCUGACCACGCAAUGCGGGGUCAUCUCUGAACACACCAAGAAGAUGUGCACCAGGUCCCUGCGGUGUCCCCAGCACACGGAUGAGCAGCGCAGGGCAGUCCGGGUUUACCUCCUCGGGCCCUCUGCGUCCCUGCCCGAGGCUGAGGGUGCGGUGGAGAACGACAGCUUCGAGGUGGCCGAGAGCCAGGCCCUCAUGAGCCGCCUGCAGUGGGACGGCUCCUCCGACAUCUCCCCCUCCGACUCAGCCUCCUCCAAAGCCAGUACAAACAACUCUGAGUCCCGCAAGACCAAGAAGAAGAAGCCCCACCUGGGGCUGGUGAGCAGUGCCCCAGGGCUCGGCUCCAGCAAGAAGAAGAAGCCCAAGCCCCCCGCCCCACACACCCCCAGCAUCUAUGACGACAUCAACUGAGCCCUGCGGAGCUGGGGAGGGGCAGGACGGACAGAGGGACGGACAGGGGCCAGGCCAGCCCCCGGGCACAACGCGGGUACCGGAGCACGGAGGACUCGGCCACUGCUGGAGUGGGGCUGGAUUUGGGGAGCCUCCAUUUGUGCCCCCCUUCCUCCCCCCCGCCCCGGUGCCUCUAUUUAUUCUGUGACAGUUUUUGUACGCGGGGCUCCUGUUGGGGCGUCUCCCCUGCACAUUGGACUACAGCCCCUCCUUUCCCUCCCAGCACCCCAAACCUCCCACACCUCCUCCUCACUUACCCCAGUGGGGUGGGGGGCACCUGUACACCCUGGGCAGGUCUGGGCCUGGGUCAGGGGCGUUCUAAAUCCCCCCUGUUCUGGGGUGAGCCCCCCACUCUGGAGCUGCCCCCCCACCUUGCCCUGGGCUGGCACUUGCUGGUCGGGCUGGCUCAGGAGGGGAGGUCACACGGGAGGGGGUGUUUCCCACUCAGAGGACAAGUGGGCACCCUGUCACCCCCCAGAUCUGUUCAGCUGUGCCUGCAUUCAGCUGUUGGGGGUCUUGGAGGCCUGGCAGUGCCCACACAGGGGGGGUAACAGGGGGCUGCAUGCUGCAUCC